AUGUCAGAAAGUACCACGACUUUUAGUAAACCAAUUCAUUGGAAUGACAAGCCAGAGUUAAAACAAGUAACACUUAGGGCGACCGUAGUGGGAUUGGCUAUUGGAUCACUCGUACUCAUCUCUAACUUCCAAUUCGGUCUGCAGACAGGAUGGGUUUCCAUGAUGUCUUUGCCGUCAGCACUGCUGGCAGUGGCGUUUUUCAAGCAAAUAUGGCCAAUAAUAUUUCCGAAUGACAGAUUAUUCACCGAUGUUGAGACAGUUUACGUGCAGAGUAUGGCUGUUGCAGUUGGGACGGGCCCGCUGACGUUUGGGUUUGUCGGUGUGAUACCAGCCGUGGAAAAGUUUGUCACAUUUGAUGAAAGUGGUGGCACUUGGCAGCCGGGUCAAUCGUUUACAUUUACCCAACUGAUUUUUUGGUGUGUUUCUUUAGCGUUCUUUGGAAUCUUCUUUGCAGUGCCACUCAGAAAACAGGUGAUCAUUAGGGAAAAGCUACCAUUUCCCAGUGGGAGUGCAACAGCUGUAUUGAUUGCAGUUCUUAACGGCUCUGAAAUCUUACAGGAAGUGUCAAAGAAUGAUUUGUUAGAGAUGAGGAACAGGAGGCUGGUCAGAGAAUGUGCCGAAGUCUUACAGCUUGACCCGAAAGAAGUCACGGCUAGAUGCAGUUGCUUCAAAUACAACGCGAUAGAGAAUGUAGAUGAGGGGACUGAACGCAGAAGAAUAUGUGAUGAGUUGCAACGGUCUUCUCAAAACUCAGCUCAAAUAAAGCGUACAUCCGCUGCCCCCCUCUCACAAACCGAGGAGAACGAACAUGGAGUACCGGACGAAACAGAUAGCGUUUACAGCGAAAACAUCGUCAUUCUUCUGAAGACAUUCUCGAUGGCAUCGUUAUACACUGUCGCCUCCUACUUCCUCCCCAUUUUGACGGCGUUGCCUAUUUUUGGGUCGUAUCUAUCAAAAAACUACUUAUGGAACUUUCAACCAUCGCCUGCAUACAUUGGACAAGGUAUAAUUAUGGGGUUACCAACGGUAUCCUAUAUGUUUUUCGGUGCAGUUUUGGGCUGGGGGAUCUUGGCCCCAAUAGCGAAACACAUGAAGUGGAUAGCGCCUGACGCAGAUGUCCAUGACUGGGAGAAUGGUGUACAAGGUUGGAUUCUAUGGUGUUCCUUGUCCAUUAUGGUGAGCGAUAGUCUUGUUGGAUUUGUCGUCAUUGCCAUUAGAUCGCUCGUGAAAUUCUGGUUAGCAGAUGAUAAAUCCGAGCUACUUACAAAUUUGUUGGAUGAUUCAAUGGAGUCUAUGCUCAUGGAAGAGGAGAGGGCGAUCAACAUCAAGAAAAGAACAUCCAGCAUAAGAACGCAAGAAACGGUACGGCUUGUUAGCUCACAGCACGAGAAUGAAGUAGACCAAAGACACCUUGUAGAAUAUACCACUGUUAUUAGUGGGCUAAUAAUAUCAUCAAUUAUCUGUAUCGUGUUUGUGGUGUACAUUUUUGGUACUAAAGUAAUUCCGGUAUAUUCUAUGGUGAUAGCCCUGGUACUGGCAUUAUUUUUGUCUGUAUUGGGAAUAAGGGCCCUUGGCGAGACCGAUUUGAAUCCUGUGAGCGGCAUCGGUAAAAUAUCCCAACUACUGUUUGCCCUUAUUGUUCCCAAAAACCAGCCAGGUGUGGUUCUGUUAAACAUUGUUGCCGGUGGUAUUGCAGAGGCUGGUGCUCAACAGGCUGGUGACCUGAUGCAAGAUCUGAAGACCGGUCACUUGCUAAACGCAUCGCCUAGGGCUCAGUUUAUCGCCCAAAUGAUUGGUGCUGUGUGGUCCAUUGUGCUUUCGAGCGUAAUGUACAUUAUCUACAAUAAGAUAUACACGCUGCCAAAUGAAUCGAUUAGGAUACCCACAGCAGCUGUUUGGAUUGAUUGUGCUCGGUUAGUCACGGGGAAAAGUCUGCCCCACAGAGCAUUCGAAUGCUCAUUGGUGCUUGGCUCAAUAUUUGGGGUCCUUUCAUUGAUCAAGAACUGCUAUAGGGAAAGGGAAUCGAUGGGCAAAUACCUAAUCUGGAUACCAUCUGGUGUGGCGGUCGGUGUAGGCAUAUACAAUGCUCCAAGUUUUACAAUUGCUAGGUUUCUAGGCGGGCUGAUAUGCCACUACAGAUUGUCCAACUACAAGGGCGACUUGGACGCCAAAACUAAAAUGAUUGUUUUCAGUUCAGGGCUGGUCUUGGGAGAGGGGAUAUUUAGCGUGGUAAAUAUGUUCUUGACGAGUCUGAAUGUUCCAACGUGGUAG